CCUAUAUCCCUUGUCACUGGCUUCAUAUCUCCUAUCUGCGGGCUCCCAUAUCUCUGUCGGCGUCUCCCAUAUCUCCGAUCUGCAGAAACAAGCUAGGGCAUGGCAAAUCACGAUCUAACUUCUCGUAUCGCACCUCAACUCGAUCGUCACCUUGUCUUCCCGCUCCUCGAGUUUUUGCAGGAGCGGGAGCUGUACCCGAACGAUGAGAUUCUCAAGGCCAAGAUCCAGCUUCUCUCCCACACCAACAUGGUCGACUACGCCAUGGACAUCCAUAAGGCCCUUUACCAUACAGAAGACGUUCCCCAAGCCAUGGUGGAUAGGAGGGUGGAGGUCGUCUCUAGGUUGAAAUCCCUUGAAGAAUCCGCAGCGCCACUCAUAUCCUUUCUUCAAGAUGCUAACUUGGUUCAGGAAUUGAGGCCCGACAGACAGUAUAAUAUCCAAAUGCUUCACGACCGCUUUCAGAUUGGCGCUGAUCAGAUUGAGGCUCUUUAUCAGUAUGCAAAGUUCCAAUUUGAAUGUGGUAACUAUUCUGGUGCUGCGGAUUAUUUGUACCAAUAUCGCGCCCUGUGCACUAAUAGUGAGAGAAGUUUGAGUGCGUUGUGGGGAAAACUUGCUGCCGAAAUUUUAAUGCAAAAUUGGGAUGUUGCUCUCGAGGAGCUCAAUCGUCUAAAAGAGAUAAUUGAUUCAAAGAGUUUUUCUUCUCCUUUAAAUCAGUUGCAGAACAGAAUCUGGCUGAUGCACUGGAGCCUUUUCAUCUUCUUUAACCAUGAAAAUGGAAGAAAUAGUAUCAUUGAUUUAUUCUUCCAGGACAGGUACUUGAAUGCUAUUCAGACAAAUGCACAUCACCUUCUCCGAUAUCUUGCCACCGCUGUCAUUGUCAACAAAAGAAGGAGAAAUAUGCUGAAAGAGUUGGUCAAAGUUAUCCAACAAGAGCAGCACUGUUACAAGGAUCCCAUAACAGAACUUUUAGAAUCUUUAUAUGUUAAUUAUGACUUUGAUGAAGCUCAGAAGAAACUCAAGGAGUGUGAGCAAGUGAUUUUGAAUGAUCCCUUCCUUGGCAAACGGGUCGGAGAUUCCAACUUCGCAACUGUUCCAUUGAGGGAUGAAUUCCUGGAAAAUACCAGGCUCUUUAUUUUUGAGACUUACUGCCGCAUCCAUCGAUGCAUUGAUAUCAGUGUGCUCGCUGAAAAGUUGAACUUGAACAUGACCUAUGAUGAAUCUCUGGCUUGGAUAACAAAUCUCAUUCGCAACUCGAAGCUUGAAGCCAAAAUAGAUGCUGCUUUGGGGACCGUCACCAUGCCUGUUGUUCAUCAAAAUGUGCAUGAACAGAUAAUAGAAUCCAUGAAGAAUCUCAAUACGCGGACUUACUUGUUGGCAAAGAACAUCGUGGAACCUGCACAAGUUGCACAAGCUUCUCGUUAAGGGAGGCAGUUGGUAGGACCACUCUUGAGAUCUUUGAUUAUUGCGAAGGCUUUUGUUGGUAUACUAAUGUUCUUCGGGACCUGAUUUAGGCGUUUUUGUUGUAAGCUUGUUUUUUUUAAAAAUAUAUCUAUCCCAAGUAUCUUGAAUGGCUAGUAUUAUUUUCAUAUUCCUUUUCACUUGUUUA